AUACUGAGACAGAGCCAAUACUUCUCUUUCAGCUCUGGAUCCAGUGAGGACCUAUCUAUCCAAGGAAGACUAGGGAUAUAAACUAAUCUCCAAACUGAAUUCACAGACAGGAAAGAAGAGGGAUAUAUUUUUGAUCAGGAGGAGCGCACACACAAGCUACCAGAGGAUAGACUUCUACAGGUUCUCAGUGGCUACCAGAAGAUACAAAGAAGAAAACAGGAGCCUUUUCACUGUGGGGAGAACAUCAGAAGAACACAAUCAUGACCCAGCAGAAGGUUGCUCCAGUCAAAACUGUGUCUGGAAAUAUGCCCCCAACCUACGACGAGGCAAGCGGAGGAUGCCCAGCGUACGUCUAUGUGGACCCCGAACACGGGACAUUCCACUGGGAUGACAAGAACGUCAGGCGGGUGUUUGUGCGGAAGGUGUAUGCCAUUCUGAUGCUGCAGCUGCUCACCACUCUUGGCAUAGUGGCAACAUUCACAUUCUGCAUGCCAGUGAAAUUCUUCAUUCAGACUCAUCCAGGCAUCUACUCACUUUCCUAUAUGUUUUUCUUCAUCUCGUACAUCACUUUGGCCUGCUGUGGUGAUAUCAGACGCAAGUUUCCCUGGAACUUCAUCCUGCUCACCAUCUUUACUCUCAGCAUGUCUUGCAUGCUUGGAUUUAUUUCCAGCUACUACAACACCAAGUCCGUUCUGCUGUGCCUCAGCAUCACUGCCAUGGUGUGUCUAUGCGUCACACUCUUUAGCUUCCAAUCAAAGGUGGACUUCACUUCCUGCGAUGGUCUGAUGUUCAUGGUCUGCAUGGUGCUUCUCUUUAGUGGCAUCAUUAUGAGCUUCACCGUCCCCUUUGGCUAUGUGCCCUGGAUGCAUGCCGUCUAUGGUGGUGUUGGAGCCCUGGCCUUCACUUUGUUCUUAGCAUUUGAUACGCAGCUGCUGAUGGGCAACAAGCAGUACGCCAUGAGCCCAGAGGAGUACGUCUUCGCCACCCUCAGCCUUUACCUGGACAUCGUCUACCUCUUCAGCUUCCUCCUGCAGAUAUUUGGAGGACACAGCGAGUAACGAACUGACCGCCCACUCCAUUUUGCAGUGCAAAUUCAAAACUGUAAAUUGAACCAUAUAAAGUAGCACAGUGUUCUCCAAAUGGCAGCCCACAGGCCAGAUCCGGCCCGGGCAUGUCAAACAUUAAACUCGCCAUGAGAUUGGAACAAAUGAAAACUAUGUGUGCUAUGUGUGGCCAUACGGUCGGGCGAUUUGUUUGGCCCUUGGGGGAACAUAAUUGGAGACCACUGCUCUAGUGUGUUUCAGGUUAGCACCGCAAAACUGAUUAAUUUCACAGUGUUCCUUUCAACAAUGAGUUAAAUUUCCAACACUAAACCGAAUGGAACCAUACUACAAACUCUCGACAGAGUUGAACUAACACUGAAAAAUGUACUGUGUGCUCUCACCACUGCUCUGUCCAACUUCCUGCCUAGAAGCCUUGCCAUCAGCACUUUCCACAGGGUAAAGACAUGUUACAGUAGCUGUUCCCCAUACCUAAGCACAUGCUCAGUCAUUCCGGUUCCCACACUCCAGUGUUUUGCUGAGCCAUCUCUUCCUGUAAACUUGAAAACCAGAAUGGUCUAACCCAAAUGUUUUUUUGUGGGCCAACUGGAUAUUUCUGUACCUUAGCUUAUAGUCCAGAUAUGCCUGGCUCUCGCCAGACCCUUGUGUAUUUCCGCUCAGCUUUGUGAGCUUACUUUUGGGAGAUGUGACAUAGUCCAAAUUUAAAUGAAAUGGAAAAGUGAAAAAAUAAGUGAAACGUGACCGUUGUUUCGGACAACAUUUGCCACUCGCAUGGACUCACUCAUCGACAUUGAUUCUGUAAUUUCUAUUAUUUCAUAUCUUCUUGUGUUUUUGAGAAAAACACACCUUCGUAGACCUACGGUACUCACAUGGCAGUUCCAGAUGAAUGUUAGUGGAGCAAGGCGGAACUCAUUCAGCUGGCGAGAGUCAGGCUAAGUCCAGAUGGAUAUAGGAAGAACAAUCAGAAUGUGCACUUCAAUUAAAAGAGGUUAUUUUUUACGCUGUGCAGAUGUACUGUAUGGGAUAGUCAUGUUUGAAUAACAUUAAUGUAUUUUUUUUUACAAGCUGAGGUUAUACACUAAAAACAUGUUCAUUCGACACCUAGUGAGUACUAUGGGACCAAAUCCAAUCUGGAAGAUGUCAAAUUGACUCUCUAAAUGUUGGGUUUUCAUAUAAAAAUGAGUCAUGUACAAAUCUAGAUCUCUGUAGACCAGUAUGUGUGUCAAUGAGGGAAUGUCCAUAUGUUCUAGUAUGUGCAGUAAGUUAUUUAACCUGUAUGUCCUGAGACAUGCACUGGAGAAAGUAGGCUACUGGCUAUUUGUCCUUUCAAUAGAAUGCUAUGACAAGUGUUUUGGUAAUAAAUAGGUUAACAUUUAGCUUGUUGCCAAAGUCAGUGAACCAUUUUUUUUUUACAGUAACAAGUUGCCUUGUGAAUAAAUAUUUUCUAUUCAGUCAGUGUCAGCAUUGCCAGUGCAAUCAAAUGCAGUGAUAAACAUGCUAUAACUGAUAAUGACACUGCUAUGAAAUAAAGUCUCUCAAGAAAAUGUUUCUCAAGAGUCUGUUUCGCAUCUGAAUGUUUGUAUCCCUAAACUCACCUAAAAGACAUUCAUUGAAAAACAAGAAUUUUAUUAAAAAAGAAAAUCAACAUAUCAAAUUCAAAAAAGAGUACAACCAAGAAAGAACAAAAAAGAAUCUCUUUUUUUCCAAUGAAUAAAAAACAAGAGUAACAGAGAAAUCAGCAACUGUGGCACAGGAAGACUACACUGCUGGUUAGCAACCGGCUGACACACUACAAAAUAAAAACAAAACAAAAAAGCAAACAACAACAAAAAAAAUCUCCUUUUCCUUGUUCAUACUGUACAAAAUGAGUUUUUGUAUAAAUAAAGAAAAUGUUGAGAAGCAGUUGAUGAGAUGAGUCCUUGGGUUCACUUUACAACUAAUUCGAUUGUAAAACUCAAACCAUAAGAAUGAGAGUUUACAUGGACGGGAGGUGAAGCUAUCAUAAAAAAAUAAUAAUAAUCAUGAUUAUUGUUGUCCUGUCAUGGCUAUACAAAGAAGCCCCAGAAAUUCUUUUGCCAUCUAUAGUCACACGGUAUCUAUAUAGUAACAUAUAGACUGAAAUAACAAUUAGAUUUCACAGAAAUUGCAUAAUGGCCUAACACAAUGUGUUGAUGGUGUCUCACUGACUACUUAACUUGCACAACCCUGACACUCCAGCUCUAUCUGACUCUGAACAAAACAUUAAUCAUCAUAGCUGAAAUAAAUAAAAUUAAAAAACAAACGAAUAUGCUGUUAUUUAUGGUAAGGUAAAUGUGAGUAUUUAGAGUGUGUUUUCCUGAUCAUCUUUCAGACACAGGGGCACAGAGUAAGAACUUCCAUGUUGGAAGUACUUUCUUAAGGCAAGAACAACUGUACAGCAAGUGUACAAUGCUAAAGGCUUACUAAAAUCAGACAACCAUGUAUGUACAUCCAAGUAGAUAUCAGGCAACGUGAAAAAAACCCUCUAUAUUUCCAAAGAUUAGCAUAAUUGUUUUUGCACUCAUUGCUUUGAGGCACAUUGACAAACUCUGAAUCCUGCAGGUUUGAGUUGAUAUAGUAUAUAUAUUUUUCCUUUUCCUUAACAUUAAAAAAAAAUACAUAUUGUUUUGUUGUCCUAGACCUAGUCUAUUUGCGGUGCUCAUCUCAUGAACUGCUUGAACAUUCCAUCAUAGCAGCAAAACAUUUUGAAACUAUGAAACGAGUCAUACAAGGCAAGGCAAUGUGAGAGGGUGACUAUAGAGCAAAUGAUUGCAGGUGGAAUUGAAUGAUGCCAAUGGAGUAUGCUUUUCUCUUAUUUACACUAACUUGGAAAAGAUACGGUAAUUAGCGUAACGUAUGUGUGUGUGUGUGUGUGUGCGUGUGUGUGUGUGGUCACCAGUGAAUGAACUGGUACCACUACUGCUUGCCCUUCAAUGCCCAUGUAUAUGACUUUUUUGUCAUGUUAUUCACAGGGCCAAGUCAUUUUCGCUUCUGCUGCCACCUCACAAAGUUUUAGUUUCAUGUAAAAAACAAAAAUGUUGUAAUAUUUUUUGAAUAGGCUUGAACAAUUACAUGCCUUCAGGAGAGGAGAAUGUUGCAUAACAAGAAAGAAGCCCAACACUGCAGCGUAACAAAACCGUCAUUUCAUAGUUUCAAAACUAUAUUUCUAUUUUUUGUGUUUGAAUUAAUGGCUGUUGCAUGGUUAUGUUGGUUUUUGCCUUUGCCACGCAAGUCAGAAACCAAAACUGAUGCUCUUUCCUUCAUGAGGUGCUCUUGAUGUGAAUAAACUGUACAUAGUUUUACUACAUCUGGACAGGACAUGAAAACAAACAAUUAGACAAGAAAAAAAUCAAACAGUCACAUCAACAAAAUUCAACAGGCCACUGAAAAAAACAUUAUAAAGGUCCUAGAGACUACCAAGCAUCAAAAGAGAAGGCCAAAUAUGUACAGAAAUAAUAAAAAAGAAAGAUCCUCGCUGGCAGUUUCAGUAAAGCCAAUUACAUAAUGAGGUAUUAUGACAUCAUGGUGAUGUCACAACACAAAGAAUUCAUGAAGGUUCUAUUGAAGUCCACUCUAGCAACAAAAUUAUCCCUGAAGGUGGAUAUUGCUCUUUAGAGGUCAGACGGUAUGGAGGAAUAUUUGAUUUCCUUUUUUUUUUUUUUCAUCUGUUCCAAUGUGGGGUGAGUACAGACUUUCAGACAGCUUGUUGAACUGGUAGAUGGCUUUGUCAUCUUUGGUAGAAGAUAUUAGAGAAAGCAUACAUGUUUUUUGGAGAAUCUAUGAGGAUAACAAAGUAAUGAAACCUUCAGGUCACAAGACCAUAGAAAGAAAUGCAUUUGCCAGGCCAUAGAUUUCAAACACACUGGGUGGGAUUUAACAUCGGAUGUUAUGGUAACCUCCAAGUAUAGGGAUGGAGUAGGAGGUACUGUUUCAGUCUUUACAAACAGCGUCUGUGCUCCAUAUAAUAUGAAUAUGCACGUUAUACUUCGGGCAUUACACAUUAGCACCACAGUCAUAUUCAAAAUGUUAGGUCAUGAAAUGCUCACAAAGUGUUCAAUUUUAACCAAGACCACAAUAUGUUCAUUGUAUUUCUUCAAAUUAUUAUAUUAUAAUUUAUCUAAUCAACGUAUAUGAAGAACUAUGUUUAAAUGACAAGGCUCUUAUUCAUUCAGGUCAUGGUAGGAAACAAGUGCUAUGUUGUAGACAAAACUGGACUUGUAGUUGUAGUUGUAGUUGCCUACAACUAAGGAGGACAUCUUCUUUGUAGUCGGCCUAUAUCUAACAAAUUGGUUUUAAGUUUCUGACACAUCGCCAAGAGAUUGUAUAGUUGCCGUGGAGUUUUGAAUCCUACUGGUCAGACAAAUGUCUUUCACUGUGAUUUUGUUUUUUGAUAUCUGAAAGCAUGUAGUGCUUGGCUGAAAAAAAAACAAAUAAAAAGAAAUGAACAGUGCAAAGAGACAGAGACAGAACAUGGAAUUAAAAAAUCACAAGCAUGUCUUGGUUUGCAUGGACAGUGUACAAACUCACAGACUUCAUAACACAUUUUAGAAAAAAAAACUAUGAAUCUCUGGAAAAAGCAACAACACUACUUACACUCAUGAAAAACUUUUUUUUUGCCUACAGCUAAAAAAAGGUAAUCUACAUCACCUAUUAGAAGUUCAUCAAAAUGAAAAUAUUUGCCUAAAAGACAUUGAAAGUGAGAGCAUUCAAGUGAAAAAAGAAAGCAAAACAACCAUUUUUUGGAAUCUAACAAAAUCAUCUAAAAGACAGGAAUAAAAUCCGAUUAAAACAGCAGCAUUGAGAGAAAGAUAAAAACCACUCACACACAACCUCAACAAAGAAAAAAAUUACUGUCUUCUGUUCAAACCUUUAAACUCCAUUUUCCUUUUCAUUUU